CCGGGAUACGUUCGGGGUAUAGCUAGGUCGGAGGAUGGCUCCUACCGGGGGGUGUCGGGGGUGGUGUCGCAUUGCGUCCUAUGUCAACCAUGGGCUCCCGCUGCUCCGAAAAGAUGGUCGACGAUCUCCUCGCAUCCUGGGGGGACUAUAAAACCCCUAGGUCCAGUUUGGCAUGUAACCGUCACGAAUUAUUUACAACUUUCACCAAUUUCCUUUACAUCCAUGACCGAACGACUAUUAACCCUCAGAGAGAUGAUCCACCUUUUGACG